AUGGCACCCCCGAGGCUGUGGCUGCCCCAAGCUCUGCGACAAGUGGCUGCCCGUCCUGGCACACCCGACACCAUGCGAGGUAGGCACCUUCUGAAAUCCUGUGUCCUGGAUGAACUCUAUGAGUGGAAUCCACUUGGUGGCAGUGGUUUUGGCCAUUGUUGGAAACCUUAUCAGACAGUUUUCUCAUCUUCUCACGACUUGUCUGGCACGUGGGAGCAGACAAACCUGCAGCGCACCUCGGACCACUUCAGCUCCCUGGGCAGCGUCGACAGCCUGGACCCCCCUGCCCAGUCCUGUUCCUCGGGCCGUCUUUCAGCGGCCAAGUCCAGCAGCAGCAUCGACCACCUAGGUGGCCCGAAUAAACGCGACUCGGCCUACGGCUCCUUCUCCACCAGCUCCAGCACUCCAGACCACACACUGCCCAGGGCCGAGGGCUCAUCCACCGAGAACCUCCUCUACAAGGUGGGCCUGUGGGAGAGCUCCCGGCCGGGCGGCAGGCAGGCCCAGACAGGCGGCGACCUGGCCCACGGCCUGGAGGAGAAGCUGGCCCACCUACCUGCUGGCCCCCACCGUGAGAGCAAGAGUCCCCAGCAGGACGACAUCCCUGAGCCAAAGCUGGCUACCCCUGGAAGGUCCAACUUUGGGCCUGUCUGGUAUGUCCCUGAGAAGAAGGUAGCACCUGCCUCUCCUCCCCCGCCACCUCCACCUCUGCGCAGCGACAGUUUUGCUGUUACCAAGGGCCACGAGAAGGUCCCAGCCCCUCCAUUCUCAGAAGCAGCCACCACACAGCACAUGCCUGCCCUGCCACGAUCCCUGGCACGGGCUGAAUGGAGAGCAGAGCCUGCAGACCUGCCACGACAGCUGGUGCGGGCUGGAGACAGGAAGCAACCCGGCACUGGGGGCCACCACGCAGACCCAGCCCUGGAUGGCGACUGGCCCUCUGAUGACCGCGUGGGGGGCCUCCCUGGAGUCCCCAGCAGACUUCAGGCUUCGCUGUCCAGCUGUGACAUGCGGUUCGCCCAGUCUCACUAUAGUCACCAGCACUCUCGCCAGUAUAGCGACGAAAGACCCCGGCCGUCUGCAUCACCCAGGGAACCGCAACACGUGUCACUCAGUGGGGGCCCCCAGGAGCCUCCCGCUGACUGCUUCCAGGAUGAUGGCUUUGCUGCAGUGAGGUGGGGUGGCCCUGCUGACCAGAAGGUGGAGGUUGGUGGGAAGAGCCGCUACUGCUGCACAGCCCUCAAGCAGCUGGGCCAGGGCAGUGCUCAGACCUCACUGAGCGAGGACUGCUGGCCAUCCACAGGAGCCGGCGUGGCACCCAAGGCCCAGGAAGGGCUUCCCACCCACCCAGUGGGCCCCAAACCACGAUACCUACCUCAGCAAGGUGAGCUGUCAGACCCCAGCGAGAGAGAACAGUGGUCCUCUCUGGAUAGAGGUGGAGAGAGCUUGUCUGUGGGAACUGAGGAGCCACCCAGAGCCAGCCAUGGGGACAAAGUCAGCCCCAAGAAGGCCACAGAUGGCAACUUCCAGCCAGGCGAUGAUGGAGAGAGCACCAAGAUCUCCCCUCAGAAGACCCCCAUGCUGCACUCUUUGACUCAAGAAGGGAGGAAGAAUCGGUCACGGUUCCGCCAGAACAGCCACCUCAGGCAGUCCCUAGAUAGCAACUCAGGGAAGCCGCUCCCCUUAGACACCGACACCCACGUCGGGAAGCCAAUGCGGAGGAGUGACCGCUUUGCCACCACAUUGAGGAACGAGAUCCAGACGCGGCGAGCCGAGCUGCAGAAGAGCAAGAGUACUGUGACCCUGCUGGGGACAGAAGAGCCAGAAGAAGACUCUCAUGAUUGGAAGGAACAAGUAGGACCUGCCACUGAUGCCCCUUCAGGAGGUUCUUCCAGCAACACCUACAAAGACCACCUGAAGGAGGUCCAGGCCAAGGUCCUGAGGGCAACAUCAUUUAAGCGUCGUGACUUGGAUCCCAACCCAGCUGACCAUUGCCCAGUGCCACCAGAGCACAGGCCCGGGGACCAUGGCACCGCGUCCCUAUUCCCUACAGGCCCAGAUGCUGCUCCCCACUUCCUGGAGGGGAGCCUGAACAAGCCGUCCUCUUCUGCAGUGGGUGUACCCUAUGUCCCCCGAAUCCGGGGCCGCAGACGCUUCUCAGUGGAGCAGAAGCUAAAGUCAUACUCUGAGCCUGAGAAGAUGCAUGAAGUGGGACUGAUGGGGAACCACCGUCCUCGCAAGCUCCCUGACAGGGCGGAGGACAUGGUGGCCUCAUUUGCUGACAGGCGGAAGUUUUUUGAGGAGACCAGCCGGUCUGCACAUCAAAAGCUGGGGCAGAGACAGGUCCCAGGUGGAUUCCCUAGAGAGAAGCUGGAACGGCCGCGGACAGCUGGCCAAAGGGGUGAGGGUGAGGAACCCCGCUUCUUCAGGAGAGGGCACACUGUCUCCAUUGGGGACAGCGCCCCCAGUCAUAGGAAACUAGAGAAGGUGGUUCAUUCUGACGUAUACCAGAGACUUGGCACAUUUGCAGAGUAUCAGGCUUCUUGGAAGGAACAGCGGAAGCCUCUGGAGGCCAGAAGUUCUGGGAAGUACCACUCCGCAGACGACAUUGUGGACGUGAGACAGAACGAGCAAGAGAAAGCAUCAUACCUGCAUGAACGAUCCAGGUCCUCGCCAUCCACAGACCACUACAAAGAGGGAGCGUCGGUGGAGCCCCUGAAGCAAGCAGAAGACCCCGAGGAGCAGAGAGAACACAACAGCUCUGUUGACCCUGCUGAGGACCCUGACUCCACGCUGGGCACACAGUACUGGGGCAAUAGUCCAGGAGGCGACGGGGACCCACCGCUCCAGCAGCCACACGACCAGUUUCCAUCCUUCUCGAGUGCUGCUCACCCUCGCGAGAAACCGGAGCUGCAAAGAGGCCACUGCUGCGCGGAGACACUGCCUCGUGACUAUCGUUCCACAGAGGACGAUAGACCAGCAGACCUGGUGCCGCCACCCCUGGCCCCCAGCAGCCCCUCACCCCUGCCUGGGCAACGUGGGGAUGCCUUGCCAACACCUCAACGCCAGACUCACUGCAUGUGUGUGUGA